GCAACUGAUGGUGGGUUGGCGCAGCCCAUAGUGACCUUAGUGGGCAAAAAAGUCAGGUCCACAGGUGGUGCACAACAGAUCAGUCGCUGGUAACUCCGGUUCAUAAAAAACGACGCGGCGGCGCGCAACCCAAUCAUGAUUGAUUCCUUCCACGUGCUCUAAAACCAUUGGUUACUUUUUAACCAUUACUCUCCUGUCAUUUCCAAAUUCAAUUCCCAAAAUUCUUAAUCUUCCUUUUUCCAGAAAACAAAAACCCAUAAUUCGAAUAGAUCUUUUUGUUCUACGCCAAUUAUUAUUAUUUUUUUAAAAAAUCAUCCAUAACCAUUUAGAGAAUGGAUUCAUUAGAGGAAGGUUCUUGCUGGGAUUUCCUUGAUUAUAGCUUCAUCGAAGAAACGACAACCUCUUCUGAUUUGUUAUGGCCUAAUAGUAAUAAUAAUCUCAGUGAGAUUGAUUUUUCGUCAAGUGGUGGUGCUGUAUCAGAAGAAAAGCAAUGCUCCCGGAAAAGGGCACGGGGUGAUUCUUGUAGCAAGCCGGUGACUAAAGCUUGCCGUGAGAAGUUGCGGAGGGAGAGACUAAAUGACAGGUUUCAGGAUUUGAGCUCUGUUUUGGAACCUGAGAGGCCUGCCAGAACAGAUAAACCAUCCCUGCUUGAUGAUGCUAUUAGAGUUCUGAAUCAACUGAAAACUGAAGCUCAGGAGCUUAAAGAAACUAAUGAAAAGCUGCUAGAAGAAAUAACAUGUCUAAAGGCCGAAAAAAAUGAACUUCGUGAAGAAAAACUCACGCUAAAAGCAGAUAAAGAAAGGACGGAGCAACAAUUGAAAAUUAUGGCAGUUAGACCACCUGGAUACAUGCCAGCUCAUCCAGCAGCCUAUCAUGCUGCAAUGAACAAGAUGGCAAUUUAUCCGAGCUUUGGUCUGAUACCAAUGUGGCAAUUACCUCCAGCUGCCCAGGAUACAUCAAAGGAUCAUGAGUAUUGGCCUCCUGCUGCAUAAUUCUUUUCCUUUGUAUUUUUUUCAAUAAGUAUUAUCUCAACUAGAGAUGGUUUGUUCUAGAUCAUCCAACAAUUUUUGUCUGUUUAAAUGUAAAUAUAACUCUUUCUUCCUCUGCCUGAUUUUGACAUUUGACUGUAGUUAAUGCAUUGUUGGAGAAUGACAAGAAGUGUAUUAGUUGGCAAUUAUUUGCUCAAAUGAAUUAUACAAUAUCUGUUGUUGA